AUCGGAUCAAAUCCCUAGAAAAAACCCCAAUCUCCAUCAAAUCCCCAAUUUCCCCCUUCGAAAAACCCUAGAUUCCCAAAUCACAGAGCCCAGAAACCGUAGAAAUCGCCUCGCCGCGCCCCAAUGCCAUGGGUAAAGGUCGACCUCGCGCAAUCGAGAAGUCAAUCCGGAACCCUAGUUUCUCCCCUCCCCCAAUCCCCCAAGCGCCCGUUUUCUACCCGACGGAGGAAGAAUUCAAGGAUCCCUUAGAUUUCAUCUUCAAGAUCCGGCCUCAAGCCGAGCCCUUCGGGAUCUGCCGCAUCGUCCCGCCGAAAUCCUGGUCGCCGCCAUUCGCCCUCGACGCUCAGAGCUUCACUUUCCCGACGAAAUCACAGGCGAUCCACCGCCUGCAGGCUCGGCCGCCUUCGUACGACUCGGAGACCUUUGAGCUGGAGUACAGUAGGUUCUUGGAGAAUCAGCUGGGGAAGAAGUUGAAGAAGAAGGCGGUUUUUGAGGGUAAGGAUUUGGAUUUGUGUCGUGCUUUUAAUGCGGUGAAGAGAUAUGGAGGGUAUGAUAAGGUUUGCGAGGGGAAGAAAUGGGGUGAGGUUGCGAGGUUGGUUAGGCCGAAUGGAAAGAUAUCAGAGUGUGCGAAACACGUGCUUUGUCAAUUGUAUCGCGAGCAUUUGUAUGAGUACGAGGAGUAUCAGAGCAAGAAGUGCAAGAGGGAGAGGGAGCAGAGUGGAUAUAAUGAGAAGAAGGGAUCGAAAAAGAGAAAGAAGAGUGAUCUGGGAGUUGUUGAGAGAGUGAAGGAAGAGGUUAAGGAGGAGUUUGAUCAGAUUUGUGAGCAGUGCAAAAGUGGUUUGCAUGGGGAAGUCAUGUUGUUGUGCGAUCGGUGCGAUAAAGGUUGGCAUUUGCAUUGUCUUACGCCGCCAUUGAAGAGUGUGCCGCCUGGGAACUGGUAUUGCUUGGAGUGUGUGAAUUCAGAUAAGGAUAGCUUUGGUUUUGUUCCCGGAAAGGAUUGUUCGUUGGAGAUUUUUAGACGAAAGAAUGAUCGAGUGAAGAGAAAGUGGUUAGGGCAGACUUGUACUACCCGAGCACAGAUUGAGAAGAGGUUUUGGGAAAUUGUGGAGGGAAAAGGAGGAGAGGUGGAGGUUAUGUAUGGUAGUGACUUGGAUACCUCGGUUUAUGGUAGCGGGUUUCCCCGUGUUGAUGAUCCAGUUCCUGCUUCAGUUGAUUCAGAUGUAUGGAGGGAGUAUUGUUCUAGCCCGUGGAACCUCAAUAACUUGCCGAAGUUGUCAGGGUCAAUGCUCCGUGCGGUUCAUGAUAAUAUUGCUGGUGUUAUGGUUCCUUGGCUUUAUAUUGGGAUGCUAUUUUCAUCCUUUUGUUGGCAUGUUGAAGAUCACUUCUUUUAUUCAAUCAAUUACAUGCAUUGGGGAGAACCAAAAUGCUGGUAUGGUGUGCCUGGUGCUGAAGCUAGUGCAUUUGAGCAGGUUAUGCGAAAUACACUUCCAGAUUUAUUUGAUGCACAACCAGAUUUGCUCUUCCAGCUCGUUACAAUGCUUAAUCCAUCUGUUCUGCAAGAAAACGGUGUUCCAGUGUAUAACGUGCUGCAGGAACCUGGAAAUUUUGUUGUAACAUUUCCCAAAUCAUUUCAUGGGGGUUUUAAUUUUGGCUUAAAUUGCGCUGAGGCUGUCAACUUUGCUCCAGCUGACUGGUUACCUCAUGGUGGUCGUGGAGCCGAAUGGUACCGACUCUACCACAAAGCUGCAGUUUUAUCUCAUGAAGAGUUGCUAUGUGUAGUCUCCAAGAAUGGUUGUGAUAACAAAGCAUUACCUUACCUGGAGGAAGAAAUGCAUAGAAUAUUUGCUAGAGAGAAAAAAUGUAGAGAGGAACUCUGGAAAAAUGGCAUUGUCAGAUCUUCAAGGAUGUUAUCCAGAAAACAGCCUAUGUAUGUGGGUACUGAGGAGGAUCCAACAUGCAUCAUAUGCCAACAGUAUUUGUAUCUUUCAGCUAUAUCUUGCAAGUGUAGGCCAUCUGCUUUUGUUUGCCUUGAGCACUGGAAGCAUCUUUGUGAAUGCAAACCCAGCGAGCACCGUCUUCUUUAUCGUCAGACACUUGCAGAACUACGGGACUUGGUCUGCAUUGCAUCUCCUGUGUCUGGUAGUGCAUGUGAAGAAAAUCAUUGCAGCAGUUCUAAACAUGGGUUCCUUAGAGAACCAUGUGUUAUGAUAAAAAAGGUGAAAACUGGUCAGAUUUCUUAUGUACAGCUUGCUGAACAGUGGCUUUCAAAUUCUUGCCACCUUUUGGAGCUUCCAUUCUCAAAUUUCACUUAUAAAAAAGCCCUAAAGGAAGCUGAACAGUUUCUUUGGGCUGAUCAUGAACUGGAUCCGGUACGUGAUAUGGCAUCUAGAUUGAUGGAAGCUCGGAAGUGGGCUUUGAACAUUAGAAACAUUCUUUCUAGGGUGGAGGACUGCUUGCAGGAUCGGGACAAUCAAAUACAAAAAGUUCCAUUACGUGAAAUUGAGGAGCUUCUCAUGGUCAACCCUUUGCCUUGUUCGGAUCCUGGGCAUGUUAAAUUGAAGACUUACUCAGAAGAUGCAAGGGCGUUAAUUUGUGAGAUAGAAUCUGCGUUCUUGUCUUGCUUGGAGAUUGGCAAGCUGGAAAUAUUGUACUCAAGGGCAACUAAAUUUCCGAUAAUGAUAGAAGGAACUGCAAAAUUAGAAAAUGAGAUUUCUUCUGCAAAGGUUUGGAUAAGUGAUGCAGCUAAAUGCCUUUCCGGAGGGAAAGUUGCUGCUGUUGGUAUUGAUUUUCUCAACAAGGUAAAAUCAGAGAUGGCAGAGCUGCGAGUUCGGCUUCCAGAUAUGGAUUCAAUAUUGAAAUUGUGCAGGGAGGUCAAUUCAUGGCAAACUCGAUGUAGUGAAUUCUUGAAAGGUUCCGCCAAACUAAAGGAUCUUCAAGAUUUUUUGCAGGAUACUGAUGAUGUCAGAGUUACAAUUCCAGAGUUGGAGCUUCUGAGGCAGUAUCAUGCAGAUGCUUGUACCUGGAUUUGCCAUCUUAAUGAUGUUCUAUCAAAUCUUAAUGAACGCGAGGACCAUGAUAAUGUAGUUAGAGAACUCAGUUGCAUCUUAGAGGCUGGAAAAUCACUGAGAGUUCAAGUUGAUGAACUGCCCGUUGUUGAGGCAGAACUAAACAAAUUCAGUUGCAGACUGAAAGCUUCAAAGGCAGUUUCAACGCAAAUGCCCCUGGAUUUUCUUCAGCAACUGCUGUCAGAGGCUUCUCUAUUUGAAAUCAAGAAUGAAAAACGUUUUCUGGAGAUUUCAAGAGUUAUAGCUGCUGCUGUUUCUUGGGAGGAAAGAGCUAAAUUCGUGCUUGAGUGUCGAUCUUCCAUGUCUGAGUUUGAGGAAGUUUCAAGGUCUUCAGAGAAUAUAUUUGUUAUCCUUCCUUCUCUCCCUAAUAUCAAGGAUGCGAUAUCCAUUGGUCAAUCUUGGAUUAGUAGAUCCCAGCCAUAUUUAACAGCUGUUGGUGAUUCAUCGGUUUCUGCUCUUACCAUCGAUGCCCUGAAGGAGCUGAUUACGGAAUCCAAACAUAUGAAAGUUGCUGUAGAUGGCUUAGAAAAGCUUCAGAGCAUUUUGGAUGAUGUUAAUAAAUGGGAGAAUGUCGCACAUUCUCUACUAGAGGAUUCAAAAGCUCUCAUAUACUCCUACAAUAGUGAUAUUUCAAUUGACAGCCUCUUUUCAGUAAAAGUGGAGGAAUUGCUUACUAAGAUUGACUCUGCUAUUGAAACUGGGAGAUUGCUCGGUCUUGAGUUGAGUGGGUUGCCCAAUCUUCGUCGUGCAUCUUUAAUACUGCACUGGAGCUUGAAAGCUCUAUCCUUUUGUUCCAGGAUCCCUUCCUAUGAGGAGGUUGAUAGCUUGCUUGAUGAUUCCUAUCAUCUUCCUACCACUUUCUUGGAUAGUAAUUUUGCUGAAGUGUUAAAUAGGGGAUCAAGCUGGCUGAGAAAAGCCACCCUCAUGUCUCCAGGACCCAGAAGAUCGAAAAGAUGCAAGUUGAAAGAUGUAGAAGAAAUCCUAGAAGAGCACAAGAAAAUUGGUGUCCGGUACCCGUUGAUGGUUGCUUAUCUUCAAGAUGCCAUUGGAAAGCAUGAGUUACAUGCUUUCUUCAACCAGUUUGCUGCACAAUCUUGGACCUCCUUAAUGAAGCUAAAGGAUCUUGGGCAAUCUGAUGCCUUUGACUGUCCAGAGUUGCAUAAAGUUGCAGAUGAAGUUGAAAAAGUUGACAAAUGGAUGCGCCAGUGCCACAAAAUUGCGGAGCCUUUGGUGGGCGACCUUGGUUCUUUAUGCUCUGAGCUUGGAAAAAUCAAAGGUACCUUGCUUAAAGCUUUGUGCAUCUAUCGGGGUCCUGUAGGUUCUAGAAAAGCAUUCUGUGUAUGUUGCCCAAAUGAUUCUGAAGAUAACGCAUAUACAUGUCUAACCUGUGAGGACUGUUACCAUUUUUCAUGUAUGGGGCCACCGCUUGUUGCUGCUGGUAUGGCAAAUGAGUAUGCAUGUCCAUUCUGCCUUUGUAUGGAAAGUGGAACUACUACUGGACCUGCAGGGCAUCCACUGAUUUUUCAGGGGAAUCGCCCUGAAAUGGCAUCAUUUGUUGAACUUCUGUCCCGUGCUGAAGGUUUUUAUGAAGGGAUUCAAGAAGUGGCAUUGGCGCAAGAAAUUGUUGAACUUGCCUCACAGUGCAAGUUGUAUUUGACUGAAAUAGUGAAUCUCGCUCUUUCUCACCAUGGCAAAGAUUUGAGCUUUGUCUCUGAAAAUCUUCAGCGCGCCUUGAAGGGAGUGGCAGUGGCAGGGAUGUAUGAUCCCCAAGAUGGACGCAGUCUUGAGUCUGCUUUGUUUAAAAACUCAUGGAAAAUCAGAGUCAAUAAGCUAUUAAAUGGAUCGAAGAAGCCUUCUAUUUUACAUAUUCAGCGCCUUUUGAAAGAGGGUCUGGCCAUUGGCAUUCCAUCCACAGAUCACUUCAUGCAAGAAAUCGUGGAUGUAAAACAGAUCAGUUUGAAGUGGGCUGAGACUGCCAAGAAGGUUGUAUCAGAUUCAGGUGAAAUGGAGUUGAGUGAGGUAUUUAAACUUAUAACUGAGGGAAAAUCGUUGCCAGUCCAUUUUGAUAAGGAAAUGAAGUUAUUGAGAGAAAGAAGUGUACUUUAUUGCAUAUGCCGGAAGCCCUAUGAUCAAAAGGCCAUGAUUGCUUGUGAUCAAUGUGAUGAGUGGUAUCAUUUUGACUGCAUCAACCUACAUGAACCGCCUCCAAAGAAAUUCUUUUGCCCUGCAUGCAAGCCGUCACAUGGAGAGUUCAUCACUCUCUCUCUUCCUAUUUGCCACGAAGAGAGAUCAAACACAGAUGGAGAACCACACACUCCCCCAGCUUGCCAUAAGGAAGCAAAAAGAAGGCAUCCCAAGAAAGCUAGGUGUAGUUUAGAGCAGAAACUCGAGGAGAGUAAUAUUGAUCUAAGCAGCAUAUUAAGCUACACUGAAAUUGACAACUUAUGGAGGGGAAACAAAAGGCCUCUCAAAAGAACAGUUAGAAGACCAAGCAAGUUUGAGAAUCUCUCCCAAUUCUUGCAUCUUCCACAGUUGAAUAGCUAGCUCCCCAUUGUAUAUUCAUUUAUUUCAUUUAUUCUUUUUUUGCGUUGAUCAUUCUUGUCACUGCUUCAGUGAUCAAUAAGAUUAUUUUCAUUUCUACUAACCAUUUUUAUGAGCCCCAUAGAAACUCCCCAGGUCCUUUCCCCCCCACUUUUCAACUAAUCAAAUGUACAUAUAUUUAGCUUUUCAUAAUGACUAAUUCAUCUUAAGCUCUUUACCUUGUUCGCUGUUAUCGCUGAAUUUGUUUAUAACCAGUUUUAUUAUGUAACCUCGGAAAAAUUAGUGUUAUCUUGUUACUCUC